AUGGCUGACUUUUUCCAGCAAACUUUUUGUAUUGACUACAAUGGUUGGGUUACGGGAGUCUCAAAAGCUCCGCCCCCAAAACAAAUCGAUUUCGAUUCGCAAACGAUACCACAAUUGAUCUAUACAAAAGCUGAAAUGGAUCGUGUUGCGGCGGUAUUUGAUGCUGAAAAACAGUCGCUAACAUUUUCGAAAAUUGUAUCUGAAAUGGAAUCUCUAGCUGCUGGAUUUCUAUCGAUUGGGUUGAAACAAGGAGAUCGAGUUCUUGUCGCUGGAAGCAAUCAUUCACAGGUAAUGCUCUGCGCCUUGGCAUGUUCUCGAGCUGGAUUGGUCUUCUCUCUGGCUAAUCCCAACUACUCCAACAGUUUUUCGCUGAAACGAGCACUUGAAUUGGGAGAAUUUCAAUGCAUCAUUUGCUUCCGUGCUCAUCAAUACGAGGCAGAUCACCUCAACAAUUUGCUUCUAGAAAUUGCUCCAGAGAUAAUGAGAUCGAGAAAAGGACAGCUGAAAAGUGAACUGCUUCCGAAAUUGACUCAUGUCAUUUUGGCUGAGGAAGAGCAUAAGCAUGCCGGAACUUUCACUCUGUCCGAAGUUUUCCUGAAAUCCUCCAAAGACAAAAUCGCAAAAUUGCCGGAUUUUUCAAAAUGGUCCAGUCAUAAACUCGCAUGCCUUCAAUUUACAUUGGGAACCACUGGAGCACCAAAACUGAUCUCCCUGUCUCACUAUCAAAUGUUGAACGGAGCGAGAGCCGUGGCAGCGGCUUUUGGAAUCAACGAUAAGAGCGCAUUUAAAAAUACUAUAUUCCAGCACGUCCUAGCUUGUGCUCUUCCAAUUUUCCGAAUCGCCAUUUUCAACCUAGUCUGCCUUUCGCCAUUCCUCACUGAAUGCCGAAUUGUUUUCCCAGAUGCCACGCCCCUUCCGAAGAAUUUGUUCUCAAGUGUCAGUAAAUACAAAUGUACAACUCUUCUGUCUAAUGGAGCAGCUUUGCGACUUCUUCUAAAAAUUAGUCAGACUCAGAGAGUCAAACUAUCGGCGCUUGAGAAUAUUUUAUUGAUUGGGGAUCGCGUAUCAAAGGAAGUGCUGAAAUUGAUCAAAUUGCAAGCUGAAAAUGUUAAAAUCAUUGCGGUCGGCUACCUACUAACAGAGACCGGAUCGAUACCUUUAAUGGGAGAUCAAAAUUCGGAUUUCACUCGAAAUGUGGGAAAAGCGAUUGCCGGUUACGAGGCUCAUCUGAUACCUCUUGAUGGGUCUGAAAAUCAAGUGGAGACGGGAAAAUUGGGCAAACUAUUGAUUCGGGUUUACUAUGGAUCCACAUUUAUGGGAUACGCACCGGAUACAAAGGGAAAAGAGAAAUGGGUGGACACUGGUGAUAUCGCACGAAUGGAUGAAAACGGAGCGAUUGAGGUUGUCGCGAAUGAGGAGGAUUUGAUCUACGACAAAAAUAAUUGUCUAGUGGAGCACUGGAAUUUGGAACGUCUUCUGAAUCAGAAUGACUUGAUAAAAGGUGUUCAGGUGGUGUCACGUGGCAGAGGACAACCGGUAACGGCGGUUUGUGUAGCUAGAAGUACACAAUUCCACGCGGCAAAACUCAAGGACGAGCUGAAGAGCAUGUGUAGAUCACAUCAUUUUGUCGCUCCUGACGCCUUCGCCUUCGUUGACGACUUCCCCCGAGUGCAUACCAAAAUUCAGAAGUUCCGAAUUCGUGCAAUGCUGGAAAGCGGUCAAAUCGCUGUAUUCUAA